CCGGAAGCCCGCACUGGCGCAGUGCUGCCGAUGUGCGUCUAGAGUGGUCGCGUUGCCGCCAUUGGGGUUUCCCUUCGCUGGAUGGCCGCGGCCUAAAGGCGAGCAGAGGCGGCUCCGGAGGCUCCAGCUGACGGGCAGCUCUGUUCCUCUGCUAUGGCAGGUGUGUUCCCAUUCCGGGGGCCCUGCCCCCCGAUGCCAGCUCCAUUGACCCCACUCCCUGACUAUAUGUCUGAGGAAAAGCUCCAGGAGAAAGCCCGCAAGUGGCAGCAACUACAGGCCAAGCGCUAUGCGGAGAAAAGGAAGUUUGGCUUUGUGGAUGCCCAGAAGGAAGACAUGCCUCCUGAGCAUGUGAGGAAGAUCAUCCGUGACCAUGGUGACAUGACCAACAGAAAAUUCCGGCAUGACAAGCGGGUUUAUUUGGGUGCUCUGAAAUACAUGCCUCAUGCAGUCCUGAAGCUUCUAGAGAACAUGCCGAUGCCCUGGGAACAGAUCCGGGAUGUGCCUGUCCUGUACCACAUCACAGGCGCUAUCUCCUUUGUGAAUGAGAUACCGUGGGUGAUUGAGCCAGUGUACAUUGCCCAGUGGGGGUCCAUGUGGAUCAUGAUGAGGCGAGAAAAGAGGGACCGCCGCCACUUCAAGCGCAUGCGCUUUCCACCCUUUGACGACGAGGAGCCCCCGCUCGAUUACGCUGACAACAUUCUGGACGUGGAGCCUCUCGAGGCCAUCCAGCUAGAACUGGACCCUGAGGAGGACGCCCCCGUCCUGGAUUGGUUUUAUGACCAUCAGCCUCUGAGGGACAAUCGCAAGUAUGUCAAUGGUUCCACUUACCAACGCUGGCAGUUCACCCUUCCCAUGAUGUCCACACUCUACCGCCUGGCCAACCAACUCCUCACUGACCUUGUGGAUGACAACUACUUCUACCUCUUUGACCUGAAGGCCUUCUUCACGUCUAAGGCACUCAACAUGGCCAUCCCGGGGGGCCCUAAGUUUGAGCCCCUGGUCCGAGACAUUAACCUGCAGUAUCACACACCAAAUGUGGUCUUUAUCAAAACUGAGGAUCCAGACCUGCCAGCUUUCUACUUUGACCCGCUCAUCAUUUAUUUCACAGGACACUCUCCAUUCAUGGUGGGAUAUGGCAUGCAGCAGCUAGAUGAAUCAGGGGUGCAGAACUUUAGAUCAUCCCUCUCAGUCAAGAUCAGGUACCGGGAGCAUUGCCCUGCUGGUCAGCCUGUCAAAGUCCGAGUCUCCUACCAGAAACUGCUGAAAUACUACGUCCUGAACGCCCUCAAGCAUCGGCCCCCCAAGGCUCAGAAAAAGCGGUAUCUCUUCCGCUCCUUCAAGGCCACCAAGUUCUUCCAGUCGACCAAGCUGGACUGGGUGGAAGUGGGCCUUCAGGUCUGCCGCCAGGGCUACAACAUGCUCAACUUGCUGAUCCACCGCAAGAACCUCAACUAUCUCCACCUGGACUACAACUUCAACCUGAAGCCUGUCAAGACUCUCACCACCAAGGAAAGGAAGAAGUCCCGGUUUGGCAACGCUUUCCACCUGUGUCGAGAAGUGCUGCGCCUGACCAAGCUGGUGGUGGACAGCCACGUCCAGUAUCGAUUAGGAAACGUGGAUGCUUUCCAGCUGGCAGACGGUCUGCAGUAUAUCUUUGCCCACGUCGGGCAGCUGACGGGGAUGUACAGAUACAAGUAUAAACUGAUGAGGCAGAUCCGGAUGUGCAAAGACCUGAAGCACCUCAUUUACUAUCGUUUCAACACGGGACCUGUGGGGAAGGGCCCUGGCUGUGGCUUCUGGGCUGCCGGCUGGCGCGUGUGGCUGUUCUUUAUGCGAGGCAUCACCCCACUGCUGGAGCGUUGGCUGGGCAACCUGCUGGCCAGGCAGUUUGAAGGCCGCCACUCAAAGGGUGUAGCCAAAACGGUCACUAAGCAGCGCGUGGAAUCUCACUUCGACUUGGAGCUGCGUGCGGCUGUGAUGCACGACAUCCUGGACAUGAUGCCAGAGGGGAUCAAGCAAAACAAGGCCCGGACCAUCCUGCAGCAUCUGAGCGAAGCCUGGCGCUGCUGGAAAGCCAAUAUCCCUUGGAAGGUGCCUGGGCUUCCAACUCCCAUUGAGAACAUGAUCUUGAGGUACGUGAAAGCCAAAGCCGACUGGUGGACCAACACGGCCCACUACAACCGGGAGCGUAUCCGCCGGGGCGCCACUGUGGACAAGACAGUCUGCAAGAAGAACCUGGGGCGCUUGACCAGGCUGUACCUGAAAGCAGAGCAGGAACGGCAGCAUAACUAUCUGAAGGAUGGCCCGUACAUCACAGCAGAGGAGGCCGUGGCCGUCUACACCACCACUGUGCACUGGCUAGAGAGUCGCCGGUUUUCUCCCAUCCCUUUCCCUCCACUGUCCUACAAGCACGACACCAAGCUGCUUAUUUUGGCCCUGGAGCGGCUGAAAGAAGCCUACAGUGUGAAGUCCCGUCUGAACCAGUCGCAGCGAGAGGAAUUGGGCCUCAUCGAACAGGCCUAUGAUAACCCCCACGAGGCCUUGUCCCGUAUCAAACGACACCUGCUGACGCAGCGAGCCUUCAAGGAAGUGGGCAUUGAGUUCAUGGACCUUUACAGCCACCUGGUCCCAGUGUAUGAUGUGGAGCCUCUGGAGAAGAUCACCGAUGCUUACCUGGACCAGUACCUGUGGUACGAGGCGGACAAGAGGCGGCUGUUUCCGCCCUGGAUCAAGCCGGCUGACACGGAGCCCCCUCCGUUGCUCGUGUACAAGUGGUGCCAGGGCAUUAACAACCUGCAGGACGUGUGGGAGACUGGCGAAGGGGAGUGCAACGUCAUGCUCGAGUCCCGUUUCGAGAAGAUGUACGAGAAGAUCGACUUGACGCUGCUUAACAGGUUGCUGCGCCUCAUCGUUGACCACAACAUUGCUGAUUACAUGACAGCCAAGAACAAUGUGGUCAUCAACUACAAGGACAUGAACCACACCAACUCCUACGGCAUCAUCCGGGGGCUGCAGUUUGCCUCCUUCAUUGUCCAGUACUACGGGCUGGUGAUGGACCUGCUUGUGCUUGGCCUCCACCGGGCCAGCGAGAUGGCCGGCCCCCCGCAGAUGCCCAACGACUUCCUCAGCUUCCAGGAUAUCGCGACGGAAGUGGCCCACCCCAUCCGCCUCUUCUGCAGAUACAUCGACCGCAUCCACAUAUUCUUCAGGUUCACAGCAGACGAGGCGAGGGACCUGAUCCAGCGCUACCUCACAGAGCACCCGGACCCCAACAACGAGAACAUCGUGGGCUACAACAACAAGAAGUGCUGGCCCAGGGAUGCUCGCAUGCGCCUCAUGAAGCACGACGUCAACCUUGGUCGUGCCGUGUUUUGGGACAUCAAGAACCGGCUGCCCCGCUCGGUCACCACAGUCCAGUGGGAGAACAGCUUCGUGUCGGUGUACAGCAAGGAUAACCCCAACCUGCUGUUCAACAUGUGCGGCUUCGAAUGCCGGAUCCUCCCCAAGUGCCGCACCAGUUACGAAGAGUUCACCCAUAAAGACGGGGUGUGGAACCUGCAGAACGAGGUGACCAAAGAGCGCACAGCUCAGUGCUUCUUAAGAGUGGAUGAUGAAUCCAUGCAGCGUUUCCACAACAGGGUCAGGCAGAUCCUUAUGGCUUCGGGAUCCACUACCUUCACCAAGAUCGUGAAUAAGUGGAACACGGCCUUGAUUGGCCUGAUGACCUACUUCCGGGAGGCUGUGGUGAAUACGCAGGAACUGCUGGACCUGCUGGUAAAGUGCGAGAACAAAAUCCAGACCCGGAUCAAGAUCGGCCUGAACUCCAAAAUGCCCAGCCGCUUCCCACCGGUAGUCUUCUACACACCAAAAGAGUUGGGAGGCCUGGGCAUGCUGUCCAUGGGCCAUGUUCUCAUCCCCCAGUCUGAUCUCAGGUGGUCCAAACAGACAGAUGUGGGCAUUACUCAUUUCCGGUCAGGGAUGAGCCACGAGGAGGACCAGCUGAUCCCCAACUUGUACCGCUACAUCCAGCCAUGGGAGAGCGAGUUCAUUGAUUCCCAACGGGUGUGGGCAGAAUACGCGUUAAAGCGGCAGGAGGCCAUUGCCCAGAACAGGCGCCUGACUUUGGAGGAUUUGGAAGACUCCUGGGACAGGGGCAUCCCUCGUAUCAACACCCUCUUUCAGAAAGACCGGCACACCCUUGCUUACGACAAGGGUUGGAGGGUCCGGACAGACUUUAAACAGUACCAGGUGCUGAAGCAGAAUCCUUUCUGGUGGACUCACCAGCGGCACGACGGGAAGCUGUGGAACCUGAACAAUUACCGCACAGACAUGAUCCAAGCGCUCGGUGGCGUGGAGGGUAUCCUGGAGCACACGCUCUUCAAAGGGACCUAUUUCCCGACCUGGGAGGGUCUCUUCUGGGAAAAGGCCAGUGGGUUCGAGGAAUCCAUGAAAUGGAAGAAGCUGACCAAUGCCCAACGCUCUGGCCUGAACCAGAUCCCUAACAGGAGGUUCACUCUCUGGUGGUCGCCCACCAUCAACAGGGCCAAUGUAUACGUGGGCUUCCAGGUGCAGCUGGACUUAACAGGCAUCUUCAUGCACGGCAAGAUUCCCACUCUGAAGAUCUCCCUUAUCCAGAUCUUCCGAGCCCAUUUGUGGCAGAAGAUCCAUGAGAGCAUUGUCAUGGAUCUGUGUCAGGUGUUUGACCAGGAACUGGACGCCCUGGAGAUCGAGACAGUGCAGAAGGAGACGAUCCACCCCAGGAAGUCCUACAAGAUGAACUCGUCCUGCGCGGACAUACUCCUCUUUGCCUCGUACAAGUGGAACGUGUCCCGACCAUCGCUGCUGGCAGACUCCAAGGACAUGAUGGACAGCACCACCACGCAGAAGUACUGGAUCGACAUCCAGCUACGCUGGGGCGAUUACGACUCUCACGACAUCGAGCGCUACGCUCGGGCCAAGUUCCUGGACUACACCACAGACAACAUGAGCAUCUACCCGUCCCCCACGGGGGUCCUGAUUGCCAUUGAUCUGGCCUACAACCUGCACAGUGCUUAUGGAAAUUGGUUUCCUGGGAGCAAGCCUCUGAUCCAGCAGGCCAUGGCCAAGAUCAUGAAAGCAAACCCUGCUCUCUACGUGCUGCGGGAGCGGAUCCGUAAAGGCCUCCAGCUUUACUCUUCGGAGCCUACCGAGCCCUACCUGUCCUCUCAGAACUACGGGGAGCUUUUCUCCAACCAAAUCAUCUGGUUUGUGGACGACACCAACGUGUACAGGGUCACCAUUCACAAGACAUUCGAAGGGAACUUGACGACAAAGCCCAUCAACGGGGCCAUCUUUAUCUUCAAUCCCCGCACGGGACAGCUCUUCCUGAAGAUCAUCCAUACCUCUGUGUGGGCAGGACAGAAGCGAUUGGGCCAGCUGGCCAAGUGGAAGACAGCUGAGGAAGUGGCGGCCUUGAUCCGGUCCCUGCCUGUGGAGGAGCAGCCGAAACAGAUCAUCGUAACCCGGAAGGGCAUGUUGGACCCACUGGAGGUGCACUUGCUGGAUUUCCCCAACAUCGUGAUCAAAGGCUCCGAGCUGCAGCUGCCCUUCCAAGCCUGUCUGAAAGUGGAGAAGUUCGGAGACCUCAUCCUGAAGGCUACAGAACCCCAGAUGGUUCUCUUCAACCUCUACGAUGACUGGCUGAAGACCAUUUCCUCCUACACGGCGUUCUCCCGUCUGAUCCUCAUCCUUCGUGCGCUGCAUGUGAACAACGACCGAGCGAAGGUCAUCUUGAAGCCAGACAAGACCACCAUCACGGAACCUCACCAUAUCUGGCCCACCCUAACGGACGAAGAGUGGAUUAAAGUGGAGGUGCAGCUGAAAGACCUGAUCCUGGCAGACUACGGCAAGAAAAACAAUGUGAACGUGGCUUCCCUAACACAGUCCGAGAUCCGAGAUAUUAUUCUGGGCAUGGAGAUCUCGGCUCCCUCGCAGCAGCGGCAACAGAUCGCCGAGAUCGAGAAGCAGACCAAGGAGCAGUCGCAGCUGACGGCCACCCAGACACGAACUGUGAAUAAACACGGCGAUGAGAUCAUCACGUCCACCACCAGCAACUAUGAGACACAGACCUUCUCCUCAAAGACAGAGUGGCGCGUCAGGGCCAUUUCUGCAGCCAAUCUCCACUUACGGACAAACCACAUCUACGUCUCGUCUGAUGAUAUCAAGGAGACCGGCUACACCUACAUCCUCCCCAAGAACGUUCUGAAAAAAUUCAUCUGUAUUUCAGACCUGCGUGCACAGAUUGCAGGAUACCUGUAUGGAGUGAGCCCCCCUGACAACCCCCAGGUGAAGGAGAUCCGGUGCAUUGUGAUGGUGCCUCAGUGGGGAACUCAUCAGACUGUUCAUCUUCCUGGCCAGCUGCCCCAGCACGAGUAUCUCAAGGAAAUGGAGCCCCUGGGAUGGAUUCAUACACAGCCCAAUGAGUCUCCUCAGCUCUCCCCGCAAGACGUCACAACUCAUGCCAAAGUCAUGGCUGAGAAUCCCUCGUGGGAUGGAGAAAAGACCAUCAUUAUUACCUGCAGUUUCACCCCUGGCUCCUGCACGUUGACGGCCUACAAGCUGACACCCAGUGGCUACGAGUGGGGCAGGCAGAACACAGACAAGGGAAACAACCCAAAAGGCUACCUGCCCUCCCACUACGAACGGGUCCAGAUGCUCCUCUCGGACCGUUUCCUGGGCUUCUUCAUGGUGCCAGCCCAGGGCUCCUGGAACUACAACUUCAUGGGUGUCCGUCACGACCCUAACAUGAAGUACGAGCUGCAGUUGGCAAACCCGAAAGAAUUCUACCACGAAGUCCACCGCCCGUCACACUUCCUCAACUUUGCCCUUCUCCAGGAGGGAGAGGUAUACUCUGCGGAUCGAGAAGACCUCUAUUCGUAAGAUCAGGCUGGCUGCCUCAAUGGCAACCAUAGAGGACGGUUUGACUUUCAGCAGCCUGGUUUAUCCUGCCUGCCCCGAGGAGUUCCUGAACAGCCCCCCCCUUUCCUUGUUAGUCUUCUACCUUUAGGUAUAUCAAGGAAUUUGGCAAACAUUUCAGUGUGUUGAAUAUGUGUGUGUGAUCUGUGCGUAGUUUCACCAAAUGUUUAAUAAAGUUUUUAUAAAUGGGA